AUGUCGUGUGUGGCUCCUGGUCAGGGAACCAAAGAUGAUGCAGCUGGAAAACAAGCACCACUGCUCUGCCGUCUAAGUAGCUCACUGGGAUGGCACCUUCCUCUCCACUGUCCUACAUUUUCCUGGAGGAACAUAACUUUGCUGAUGCUUCUCUCCCUCUCUUUGGAGCAGACUUCUGCAUCAUAUGCGAAGAAAAUCAAAAAGAAACCAGGAGUGUGCCCCAAAGAGAGGCUCAUCCAUAGUACUAAACUUCUGGAUUUGUGCAAAAUGGAUUCUGACUGCCAGGAUUCCCUGAAGUGCUGCCUUUUUGGCUGCAGGAAAAGAUGCAUGGAUCCAUACGAAGAGCCCUGCAUGCUACCAUUAAAAACAGGAAACUGUCAGGAGAAUUUGAAUCGCUGGUAUUUUGACUUUAAACAAUAUCAAUGCAAACCCUUUAUAUACAGUGGCUGCCAAGGAAAUGUCAAUAACUUCUUGGACCGGUAUGAGUGCCAGGAUGCCUGCAUGUUAAUUGUCAAGGAAGGACAAUGCCCACUCUUCCCUUAUGAUGCUCGAACAGAGUGUCCAGCAUCAUGUAAGAGUGACAUAGAUUGCCUUGAGAAGGAAAAAUGUUGUGAAAGCAGUUGUGGUUUUGUUUGUGCCAAGGCCUGGACAGUCAAAGCAGGCUUUUGCCCAGCUAAGCGGGUGUCAUGUGACUAUGUUAAUAAACCCUUGUGCCUGAAUGAUGCUGAUUGUCCAUUGAAGGAGAAAUGCUGCCCAUUUUGUGGGCUGAAGUGCAUACACCCCCGAAACUGA